AGGGAGUGUUUGCAGCAGGAUAGCAGAUACAAGAAACGGCUCUUACUUUAGUUUACUUGGAAUCGGCUCUAAUAUGCAUGUCUGGAAAAAAAAUUAUCUGUGUUUGCAGAUGGUGAAUGUCAGUGAAGCAAAGCAUUUACUGUCACCAGAAACAGAUCAAAUCUUCCUCACCGGAUAGCAAAAUGGCCACAAAACUACCCCUUCGAGAGGAAUGUGAGAAUUGGACAACUCUUCAAGUUGCAGAUCUCCUAAGACAGAUUCGAAUGCCUGAAUCUGCAGCAGUAGUGGAAAAAUUUGACAUUAAUGGAGCUAAAUUUUUGAAUAUAUCAGAAUAUGAGUUGAACAAAUUCAAUAUAAUGCACCAGCCGCAGCUUCAAAAGAUGGUACAUGAUAUCAAGAAAAAUGAAACUGGAAUAAUGAGCAAAUUCAAAAAGUUCCAAAAUGAACAAGUGGCCUUAAUUUGCAAAACUGGGAAAAAUACUUGGGAUCGGCUAAAAAAUAAACCCCCACCAAGUGUACCACAAAGGGAUUAUGCUUCAGAACAUGCAGAGGAUGAAGAUGAACAAUGGUCUGAUGAUUUUGACAGCGAUUAUGAAAAUCCAGAUGCCCACUCUGAUUCAGAGAUGUAUGUGGUCCCGAGUGAAGAGAACUGUGAUGACAGUUAUGAGCCCCCUCCAACUGAGCAAGAGAAAAAGAAGAUUCCUUCAUCAUUUUCAUUUUCAAGGGGAGAAUACGCAGACAAUCGCAUUACCCACCAGGAGCCACUGCCAAGCAGGCCAAGUCAGUCUUUAAUUAAACCGAAGAAACCAUCUAAGCCAUCUCUGCCAUCAUCAUCUGCCACUCUGAAACCAAAAGUGCCACCCAAGACCAAAGAGUUCCAUGAGGAUGAGGAUGAUUAUAUCGUGCCUGUAGAUGAUGAAGAUAACUACAUUGAACCUACGGAAGGCAGUACUUCACAAUCUACAAAACCUCCUAUAAACAGAUCUGUCAAGCCAACAAAGCCAGUUCUUCCUAGCUCUGCCAAGUCCUCUCCUGCUCCUGCGUCUCCUUUCGUGCAAGACGUCUAUGAGGUUCCUGAAGAAGAGGAAAAACCGUCACCACCAACAAGCAGGAACACUAAACCUCUUCCUCCCAAGCCUGUUCAGAGUACAGGAGGACGUUCCCACAUGCUCAGCUCAGCCAAAGAAUCCUCUAAACCAGACACUUCCAGAAAUAUUCUUCCUCUUCCCAGAAACCAUCCUCAGCAAAAAGCAGAGCACGAUAGGAAUGAAGAACAUAAUGAUGAAAAUCACAGCAGCAGUGGAGCUCAGGAUUCCAAAUUUCCCUCUGUUGCAAUUCCAUCACCAUUACCAAGGGCAAUAAAGAAGACACCUAAUCCAGUAAAACCACCAAAACCAAGUUUACCACACAAAGAGAAUUUAAGUGUUACUGAAGAGAAACCUACAGCCGCUGAACGGCGACGAGGUCCCAACCAAGAGCUCCCACUUCCACCCCUACCAACAACAGCCCAAAAGCCAUUACUUCAAAAGCCACCAGCCCUACCAAAAUCGCUAGACACUGCAAACCGCACAAUGGGCACUCUUCCACGCAGCAGUAUUUCAGCUAGUUUGGAUACUACAGACCAGGAUGCUGGUGUUCAUGAUAAAGCAUGGUAUGCAGCUUAUUGUGAUCGAAAAACUGCAGAAGAUGCAUUAUACAAAUCAAAUAAGGAUGGAUCUUUUCUGAUAAGGAAGAGUUCUGGUCAGGAUUCAAAGCAGCCAUACACACUAGUUGUGUUUUACAACAAAAAAGUGUAUAAUAUCCCUGUACGAUUUAUUGAAACAACUAAACGAUAUGCACUGGGCAGAGAAAAAACUGGCGAGGAGCGCUUCACAAGUGUUGCUGAAAUAAUAGAGAAUCAUCAGCAUACACCCCUGGUUUUAAUCGACAGCCACAACAACACAAAAGAUUCCACCAAACUGAAACAUAUUGUUAGAGUUUCAUAAUUACACUGAACUGUAAGAAGAUCAAGAUUUUUAUAUGUAUUUUUCCAACUUCCCAAAGUUUCUGGAUCAAGUAUUUUAAACAAAAAAAAAAUUAAAAUUCAAUAUGUUCAAAGAACUACAUCUACUACAGCUCACUGUUUUCAAUAAAGCAAUUCGUUUGCAAGAUCCAGAGCUCUUGAAAGUAGAAUGACUAUAACUAAGAAAUGGACCACUGUAUGCAACCAGACAAGGAUAGUAUGUUGCACCAUGUUUGGUAUUUCAAGAUGUGAAUGGAUUAGCACUGCCCAGAGCUCUACUCCGACUGUCUGAUUCAUGAGGUUUUUGGUUGUAUUUUUAAUGUGCAAAUAAAAUGUAACAAUACUAUAAAAUGAAUAAUGUACAGUAAUAUUACUGGUUGAUAUUUACUAUUGUACUUCUAACUGCUGUCAGAAUACUUUAGUAUAGCUUGUGUUUAUUUUAGUGUGAAUAUUAUCUUUGCAUGAACUGCUUCAUACAUUCUAUUGUUACAACAAAUAUCAAUGUACAGUUUGCUCAUAUGCCUGUAUUUUUUUCCCCCAUGUAUAUUUUUAGCUAGACAGUUUUCUCAAAUGCCUGUCUGCAAAUUGUUACCUGUAGGAUUCAGAGCUUACUGUAGGAACACCAGAUUCCUUCAUUGCUAAAUAUUACUUAAACACUACAUUCUUGGGCAAUCAAGAGGGAAAUUGAAGCAGGAUUACUACAGUGCCAUGCUGCAGGCUGGCAUGUUCCAGGAUCACCACCUGUACAAUUCCAGCAUCUGCCACUAGUAGAUACAAGAGACAAGAUGGGUGAGGUAAUAUCGUUUAUUGGACCAACUUCUUUAGGUGAAAGGUACAAGCUUCCAAGCUACACCGAGCUCUUCUUCAGGUCUGGAAAAGAUAAUCAGCGUCCCAGCUAGAAACAAGGUGGGACAGAUUUUUUUAGUUUAAGGGAUAAACAGCUGUUGCAGGAGAUCCUUUAAGAUGAAGUGGGCAAUUAACACCUCUGCAGUCAUAGGACAAAGGAGGGUUAGUGGGUUACAGACUGUUGCCAUGAGUAAAAUAAGUAUCUCUGUUGAGUCCAUGAUUUUUUGAAUCUAGCCAAGUUACGAGUUGAAGCUCCCAGUCAUGACAUCAGCUGUUUUCAUCAGAUACCAAGUCUAGUGGGUUCUAAAUAUAUUUUAAGUUGUUUUUAGUCUGACAUCGGAGGACAUAGUAAUUAUCUGUUCAGAUAUCUUCCAUAUUACAAUGCAAUACAAAAAAAGUACUCCAGUUGACUUUAAGAAUAAUUAAUGCAUAGAUAAAUGUUGAAUCAGUGAACAAUAAUUUUAGGGCUAAAAGUAAGGCUUAAUUUUAAGGAAGACAAAUGCAGUACUCAACCUGCUUUUAGUUCCAGAGCUCAGGGAGGAUGUGGAACCAUCUCACUUACUUAUUCAUAUUAACAUGCAAGAAUUAGAGUACUUGAUGUCUGUCUGAUACUAAAAUUGCAGCAGAAUGACCAAAUAGUGUAAUUUAUUCCUGCCAGUACUGUUCUUUGAAAGACAGGGGAGCUCACAUUCUCAAAAUUCAAAAGCUGAGACAAAACUACAUUCCCUUCUCUCUAAAACCACCCCUAGUAGGCAAGUUGUAAAAAAAUAGAAAAACUGGAUGCUGAUGUCACAAUAGCUCUGGAACAAACAGAUACUAAAAAACUUUUUAGAGAAGUUGUUUGUUAUACUUUGUGUAUUGCUAUUGUAACAAAGAAUAUACAAUGGGCCAAAUUCUAGGCCCACUAAGGUCACUUUGCACAUCUGGAAUGGCAGGAGCACAGUGCUGUUAAGAUUUUAGCCCAAAGCAUUUAGUUAUUCUCCAGAUUUUCCUAACAGGAGAAAUUCUAGCCCCAUACCUGUAAGCAGUUACCAUCCACUCCCAAGUGUGCUAAGAUUUUAAUGUCUGUCUCUUUAUAUACAUAUACACACUAUAUACAAAUUACAUUAAAAGAAUGUUAAAGUUA